AUGGACCCCGUGGAAGCUCCUAAACCGCUUUUGUUCCGGAAGCACAAGAGACCCAAAUUUGAAAUCCGCGAAGGAAGUGAAUUUUUUCGCAGUCAUUUGACCCUUUUCGCUUCCGAGUCGGCGCGUUCUUGGUUCUUGUUUCUCAGUCAGUCCCUUGUUCUUGAUUUUUUACUUCUUUGUUUUUGCAGAUUCAGCAACGGCCUCAAUUUGGCGAACCUGGCUGUGUCCUCCGAUAUUCUUUGCAAUUCGUGGGCUGCAAUCUCUGAACUUCAGUCCCAGAUUGACCCCAAUCAUCGGAGCCCAUUGUCUUCUGAAACAGUGAAAAUUCAUGAAUUUGAACACAAGGAAUACAAAAUCAUUGCUUUUGUGACCCCACCAGUUGCUAAAAGUUAUCUCCAAGAAGAGAGCGAUUUGGUCCCUUCUUCUUCAUCUGAGGCCUCUGAGUUUCAGUUUCUCUGCUCCGAGACGAACCCCUCUUUUGCCAUAAACAAAGCUGUGAUUUCUCUAUUCAACUCUCUCCACGAUAAGCUGUCGCCCCUGAAAGCUCAAAUUUUGAAGCAGGUAGUAACUUCCUCCAAGUCUAUUCCACACAUUAUAGCUGGAGAUUGUUUGGGUGGAUCCAUUGCCUCUCUUUUCACGUUAUGGCUCUUACGCACACUAGAUUCGGCAACCACAAAGCCUCCACUUUGCAUCACAUUCGGUUCACCCCUCAUUGGGGACGGUGGCUUCCAACAAGCCAUGUCGCAAUAUUCAACCUGGAGUACUUGCUUCUUGCAUGCGGCUCAAAAGGAUGACUGUUUCCCCAAACUCUUUCACCCGUCGACCAUGGAACAGAGUCUAUACAAGCCUUUUGGUACAUUUCUUGUGUGUUCUGAAUCGGGUGGUGCAUGUUUCGAAGACCCUAAAUCCAUAAUUGAGUUGCUUGCCCCCAGGAUCCCGGAAAGUGCCAAAAUUUUCAAUUAUAAGAGCAUCAUUAAAUGUCUCGAACGGCAAUUGUUUUGCAAGAACCAUUCUGCAUUUAGUGUGCCUGAUCCUGAUUCAUUUAAAGCUGGGAUAACUGCGCAAGUUGCAGCAAUUGGCCUUAUGCAAAUUCAGAAUAUGCAUGUUGAUGCUCUGUUGAGGAAGAUAGUGAUGUCUGAACAUGACGUCAUAGAACGAAAGAAUCAAGUGUUUGAUCCUGUAGAGGAUUUACAAGACAUGAAAGUGUACCUGGCUAAUUUGGAAUGGUACAGGAAGAAAUGCGAAGACGAAGGCCUCUGUUCUGGUUACUACGACAGCUUCAAGGACAAAAUGGCUCUGCGUGACCACAGAGCCGUUAACUUCAUAAAACCGCUCACAAUUCACUGGGAACGCAUGGUGGAAGAGGCGGAGGAGAGGCCUCAGAGAGAGGGAGCACCGAUGCGGAUCCGCUGGCUCUUCGCAGGGACAAAUUACCGCAGGAUGGUCGAGCCACUCCACAUAGCCGAGUACUAUAAAUGGGGCAAAAGAAGUUACAUAUCUCAAGGGAGAUCCAAGCACUUCAAGCUAUUGGAACAGUGGCUGGACGAACAUCAGAAACAGCCCAAGAAUAGUGUUCCUAACGUUUCGAAAAUGAAGAAGAUCAUGUUCAGUGUCACAGAGGAUUCAUGCUUCUGGGCCCAUGUGGAGGAGGCACGGAUAUCGUGCAGGUUGUUGAACAGCGGAGGAUCGAACAGCGCAGAAAUAGAAAACUUGGUCAAGUUCGAGAAGUAUGUUAUGGGUUUGCUCAAGAACUACGCGGUUUCUCGCGAUAUUUUCUUGGAAAGCAGCAGCUACAUGCAAUGGUGGAGGGAGUAUGAGGACAUUUUGGGGAAGCAAGUGAUGGGAGCUUCUCACAACUUGGAACUCGGUCGUUUCACGAAGGACGGACACUAUCGCCUCUAUAAAUCAGGCACCCCAGUAUUCGCAUGACAAACGAAUAAACUUGUAAUUUGAAUGUAAAUUAUAGGGUAUCAUAAGAGCAAUAAUGUGCCGGUUUCGCUAGUUGUGUUGAUUUUGCUUUGCUUGAAUUAAUUCGGAUG